AUUUUGUCAUUUCCGGUCGUAACCGGAUUAACCGGAAAUGACUUCAACAUUAAAAUGAGGCUUCAGUUUUAUCAACAUGGUGGUCGGGUUGAAAGGAGUUCUUUCGUUGAUCGUGUUAAUAGUCAUUUUAUUGUCAUCAUGGCUUGUUGCUGUAUUGCUAGAAUAUUACACGGGGCACGGCAGGCCACUCAAGCCUCACAGAAAUACAAAUCUAGCUCCAUUUCCAAGCGACAAGAUGGAAAACAUUCUCUGGUUCGUGCAGGUAUCUGAUAUUCACAUCAGCAAAUACCGUGAUCGUCAAAGAGCUAGGGAUCUCAAGCAGUUCUGUAAUGAGAAUAUAGACGUAAUCAGGCCUGUUGCCGUGCUAGCUACAGGUGACUUGACAGAUGCAAAGGAUGUGUAUCGACUUGGCUCUAAGCAGUACAAAGAAGAAUGGGAGGAAUAUUACAAUGUGCUAAAAGAAACAAAAGUUGAAGACAAGACUAAAUGGUUAGACUUGAGAGGAAAUCAUGAUGCAUUUAGUGUUCCCUCGCUUACAAGUGAUGAGAACUUCUUCAAAGAUUACUCAUCCAGUGGUCUGGAUGCAAGGAGAGGUUCCAUGCCAUACCAGUACAUAUACAGCACCAAGUUUGGUUCCUAUGCUUUCAACGGUAUUGAUUUGAAUCCUAAUCCUGGACCACGGAGACCGUUUAAUUUCUUUGGACAUGUGGAUCAGGAUCGUAUCAAUGAAAUGGAGAGACUAGCUGAUGCCAGCAAAUCAUUUAACAUGACAAUUUGGUUUGGACACCACCCUUUUUCAGUCACAACAACACCUUAUGUUAGAAAGAUUUUAAGGACUGGAGCUGUUUACCUGUGUGGUCAUCUUCACACACUGGCAGAAGUCGUCCCCAAAAUGCAUGCUGUUCAUGUUGAUGGCCACUUGGAACUGGAGCUAGGGGACUGGCUUGACACAAGGAACAAAAUAGCUUGGCAGCCCGAGUUUUGUCAUCAGGUGAAGCCAUCAGGAAAGGCAGCAUUGCAAGGCGAGAAUGAGAGCAUGGAAUUACCAAAAAGAAAAAAUAAAACAAUGUAUAUAACCAUAUCUUACUUUUGUUUCAGAUUUCUGGCUUUCUCUCCAGUCCCUAUCGAGUCUGUUGUUGUUGAAAUCGAUGGUAAACCUCUCAACUCACAGGCUACUCGCGCUCAAGGCGCACUGUUUGUAUGUCGGUGGAAUCCUGCCGAGUUUUCUUCAGGAAUUCAUUCAAUCACUGUAAAGGUUCAGGAUUCUGCUGGUCGAACUUCACAGCGGACUCAGCUGUUCUCCUUGGACGGAUCUCGGCCGACACUGGAUCUAAUUCCAGCCUUUCUUUUGUUAACUGACUUCUUCACUCUGGGCCGUGUUCUCUUUAGUGUAUUUUUCGGGAUAAUCGUGCUUGGAUUAGGAUUGCUAAGGCACUGUGAUCCAUCUGCAUGCAAAGGAUUUCUGUGCGGUGUUUUAGGGAGAUGGUGGAAGCGCCUGGUACUACUGGCUCACGCUGAUGAUCUCUUCUACCCUUUGUUUUCAUUUGGUGUUUAUACUGGUAUAGGUAGGUGAUAUGUCUGUCUCCCAAUAGACCAUUUUCGUAUUUUCGGUACUGGACUGGAACUACUAUGGGCGACGAAAGUAGUCGAGACACUUUUAGGAAAUGACGCUUUUCGAUAUUUAAGCACUUGUUCUAUUUUAUUCGCAUCUAGCGUUAAUUCUUUGAUACCCCUGGCCCCCCAAUUCAAUGCGCUGUGGUCUGUGCAGUCCAAGAAAUAGAAAAAUCAACAUUGUUUGUGGGGGGAAGGGAGAGGAGAAGUGUGUCCAAGACGCUCGAAAAUCGAAUUUUACUGCCAAGUGUCUCAACACUUUAGUCGCCCAUUGUAGCUUGCAGUGGGGGCUCAUGCGGGGAAGAUUAAUGUCAUUUGCCUUUGAAAAGACUCCCCGCAUUAGCCUCGGUUGCAAGCUAGUUCCAGUCCAAUACCGGGAAUACGAAUAUGGUUCAAUGUAUUUGCUCAGUGCGGAGCUCGUGUUUUCUAUGCCCAUCAGUGUGCUUAGCACGAAGCGUUCAUUAACCCGGCUCAAUUGUUCAUGUUGCGCGCUUAAAUUGGUGAAGCAGAGUUGCAAAGAACCAAAAAGAGAGAAAAAAGCCAAUGCUCUCACCGAUCAACAGACUGUCAUUUAUGCGCAGUCGCUCUUCACUCGUCUUUUCUUGCAAUGUUCAUGGAGACA